AUUGGUUUAUCACUCUAAUUCUUCUUUUUGUCAACUCCACUCUGCUGAAGAAAAAGCUUAUAAAUUAACUCUUUCCGGCUCCUAUGACACAUUCCUCAAUAGUCAUUCGUUGAGUUAAAGUUUCUUUCAUAUUUAUUUUACUCUCUACAUUCUAUUGUCAAUUAAUUUGAUUUAUUUAAUUACAACUCAUUCAAUUAUUCAUUUAUUUGUACAGUUACUUACAAGUUUUUUUCAUUGAGUUUUUGCAUCAAAGCAGAAAGUUUUUGUUAUAGAACUCACUAAGUGUACGUUUUAUUGAGAUGGAUGCAUUAAAAAAUGUGAAGAAUAGUACUACCACCAAUGGCCAUGGACCACUUAGUAGACCUAAUGAAAAUGAAUUUUUGCAUAGUAAUGUCAAGCACAUUAGUCACACUGCAUAUACAUUUGAAGCUCUUCAAGAAUCUGCCAAAUACCUCUUAGACCGUAUUACAAUCAGACCAAAAAUUGGAAUAAUUUGUGGAUCAGGAAUGAGAGAAUCUGAACAAAGUGAGUUGUGUCCAGGUUCGAUAGCGGAUGCUUUAACAAAUAAGCAAACUUUUCCCUAUGAGGAGAUUCCUCAUUUCCCAAAGUCCACGGUCAAAGGACAUGUGGGUCAGCUUGUGUUUGGAUUCCUCGAAGGCGUUCCAGUCAUGUGUAUGCAAGGAAGAUUUCACUACUACGAAGGCUAUCCUCUUUGGAAGUGUGCCAUGCCAGUGAGAGUAAUGAAACUUGUGGGGGUAACACAUCUGAUAGCCACUAAUGCGGCUGGAGGUCUCAAUCCUGACUACAAAGUUGGUGAUAUUAUGUUAGUAAGGGAUCAUGUGAACAUAAUGGGAUUUGCUGGAAAUAAUCCACUCCAAGGACCUAAUGAUGACAGGUUUGGACCCAGAUUCUUGCCAAUGAACAAAGCUUAUGACCGCGAACUUUUGAAGAUUGGAGAAGAAGUUGCUGCAGAAAUGAAAAUUUCCGACAUCAUUCAUAAAGGCGUUUAUACUUGUCUUGGAGGACCCAAUUUCGAAACUGUUGCAGAACUUAAGAUGUUGAGAAUGGUUGGAGUUGAUGCUGUUGGAAUGUCCACAGCUCAUGAGGUCAUAGCAGCUCGUCACUGCAACUUAACAGUGUUUGCAUUUAGCUUAAUAACAAACCUCUGUGUUUGUGAUUACGAUUGUCUGGAUGAAGCCAAUCACGAAGAGGUCAUGGAAGUUGGACGAUCGAGACAGCCAGUUAUUGCGGAAUUCGUGAGACGAAUGGUCCAUCGUUUACAAAGCUGAAUUGAUAAAGAAUAAAUAAAAUGGAAGAUCAAUAAAAUAAUGAGGAAAACAGGUGACACAAUAGGGCAAGUAAUUUAUAUUAUUGUUUCAAGUCCAUAAUCACAUGCGAUUGGAUAAAUAGAAUUGGAGAUCGAUCGAUGCCACUUCCAGGUCUCUGCAUCUGAAAAGACCUAUCGUAUUUUCGUACUCCUGAAUAAAAUUCUUCGCUAGGUACCCGAAGAUCUUGAGUACGAAGAGAAAAUUCUCGUAAAUCGUAUUUAAUUUAACGCAUGAGCAGGUGGUAGUUGCAGUGAAAAAGCGUAUCUAGGAGUUUCUUGGGAGGAAAAAGAAGGGAAAAGUGUAGAGGGAGACUCGAAAUUAUCACACGAUCCUUAGGUCUUUCUUCACAUUUUUUUUUCAGUUCUCUUUUUCUACUUUUCUUUUUUCUCACCUUUUUACUGUUCCUGUCUCAAGGAGAGACAAGAGCAAUGGGGUGGCUUCGAGGUGCGACGAGCUUACGAUCCGUAAAGUCUUGCCUUAUCUCAAUUCAGUUUCUCUGCAUCCUCUCGAUCUUUCAGUGAUUUCUUGUACGCAGCAGUAGAUAAAAAGAUUGAUUAUCAUUUUUUGUAUAAAUAUGUACACUAUGUCAAGUUUUAAAAGCUGCUCUCAGCAUUCUGUAUGGCUUUUUGCCAAUUUUUGUCAGAUAGUGAAGUAAAUUUCCUGAAUGUGGAAAAUUUUUUGUAAAUUCUAGGUUUCUAUGUAUAAGAAAAACAUUAAUUAAAUUUUAAAGAGUAAUUUUAAAUGUUAUUUCAAUAGAUAUUAUGAUUAUUAUUUGAUUAUAAAAUAGUAAGAUUAUUUUAAUGAAAAUUGUAAUAAGUAAAAAAAAUAUUUCGACCGUAAGAUAAAAAAUGUGUAUACGUGACAAUUAUUGAUCACAAUAUUUCUCAAAGUUUCAGUAUCUUUCUCCUUGACUUAUCUACACUUCUAACCACUUCAGAGAGGAUCAGAAGAAAAAUUGACUUAAUGAUCCUCUAAUUUUCGCUCUUGCACGGCAAAGUCAUCAGUUUCUUCUUCGUUACACUCUUCCGCCACACCCUUUCCGUUCUUGUUAAUGUAUUGACGUUCUCCUUCAAUAAAUCCCACUCGAAAACGUUCCUUAUGGCUUAUGGUCUCCAUCUUUCCUUUCUUCUCGUUUCUUUCUCUCUUACUUACUCUAUAGACCAGCACGAUACUUCAUCUCUUGCACACUCCUUUUUACUGGAUUUUCACCUCUUCUUCUUCCGGUUCUGACGCCGGUGCAGCCGUUAUUACAGCCGUGAAUUAAAUUAUGAUUUGACAGGCAGGAAAACUUACCUUCCUUCCUUCUUUUGCGUCCUCAUUCCUCUUUGAUUCUAUUCGAAUAGAACGAUAAACAUAAAUGUUGUUUAUGUUAUGUGCUAAUAUUUCUCAAAAAUAGCUGUUUUAUAAUAUAUUCAAUAAAGUUUUAUUAUCAGUAGUUAAUUUAUUUAUCAAAGUUGAUGUUAUUUCAAAGGAUAUUUGGGUUAAAUUUUUUUUUUUUACUUUUACAUUAAUAAAUAUAUGAUCUAUGAUGUUAUGCUACAAAAUGUUAAAGGUGACAGGUUGAAACAAGAAGUAUUGUUUUUUACAAUUUUUUAUAUUUUUCGUAUUUUCAAAUAAAUGAAAUUAUCUAUUCAGAAAUUUUUAUGUUAAAAUAUUUUUUAUUUAUGUUUACACUAGAUAUCUUUGUGUAUGAGAAACAUUUUGAAAUAAAAUACUUGGACUUGUAAUGUUGUAGGUAAUGUGAAGUGAAACAAGAUUAGUUGUGAAUAAAUUGUAACAUAAUCUUUUUGAAUCUUUUUUUCAAUAAAAAUAAAUUUAUUUUGUUA